AUGAGUGAAGACGACGGGCUUUUGUUAAACUUUGCUAGUGCAGACACUCCAAGUGUUAGUUCCAAGAAAACAGCCAAGGUUUCUGGUGGGAACUGGAAAGAAAGAAGAAAACUUCAAUUAAGACUUACAGGACGUGGAGCCAAUAAGAAAAAUGACGCCAGUGGGGUAAACAAAAUCACAGUCGAUUCUUCUAGAAUGGAACGUGUUAAGCAGGCAAAUAAAGAAGCAGGCAAGGACCGUGGCAGUGAUAGUGGAUCCUCUAGAAAGCGAGUCAAGUUUGCCGAAUCGAAAGGUGAAUCUGGAGGAAAGGAUAAUUCGUACGUUUCCUCGUUAUUCACGUCCAACGCAGAAACAACUACAUUGAAACCAACAACUUCUUCCAAAACAUACGAUGCGUCGAAUGCACCACUUCUGGAUUCAACCACAUUCCCCGGAUUAGGAAUCAAUGAAAAAUUAUCAACCCACUUGACUGAUCAUUUACGAUUCAAGCACCCCACCAAGAUUCAAAGAAUGGUUAUACCGACAUUACUCGCUCAGGACAACGAUGUCUUUGUCAAAGCACAAACUGGGUCCGGUAAGACAUUAGCAUUUUUGUUGCCAUUAUUUCAUAGACUCAUGUCCGAGGAUAUCACCAGAGAAUCGGGGUUGUUUGCCGUCAUUUUAACUCCAACUCGUGAAUUAGCCACGCAAAUUUACGGUGUCUUGGAAACUUUAACUAGAUGUCACCAUAGGAUUGUUCCCGGGAUUGUCAUUGGUGGUGAAAAGAAGAAGUCUGAAAAGGCAAGAUUGAGAAAGGGGGUCAAUAUUCUUGUUGCUACUCCUGGUAGAUUGGCUGAUCAUUUAGAGAAUACCAAGACCUUGGAUGUAAGUCAGUUGAGAUACUUGAUCUUGGAUGAAGGUGACAAGUUGGUGGAACUAGGGUUUGAAGAAACAAUCACACUGAUUACCAAUAAGAUUUCACAAAAUUCAAGAAUUCAUGAAACUUUAACCAAAUGGAAAGGCUUGCCUUCCAAGAGAAUCAAUGUGUUGUGUUCGGCAACCAUGCAGAAUAACGUAGAGAAAUUAGGUUCGAUAAUUUUACAAAAUCCAACCAUGAUCCAAGUUGAGAAACAACAUAUUGGAACUGUUGAGUUUGAAGAGAGUGAAGUUGGCAACACUGCUCCUGAUCAAUUGAUUCAAAAUAUCGUGGUUGUUCCACCAAAAUUACGAUUGGUCACUUUGAAUGCUAUGUUAUCGAAAUAUAUCAGAUCUUCCGAAGCUUCACGUACAAUUGUCUUCUUCUCCUGUUCUGACUCUGUAAACUUUCAUUUUGAAGUGUUUACCAGAAACGGCAAGAACCCGAACAAGAAACAAGCAGCCGAAGAUAUCGAAGAGGAGGAAGAAGAAGAAGCAAAUAUUCUCACCGCACCUGGCUUAUCAUCUUCUACCACAGUGUAUAAACUUCAUGGAUCCCUUUCUCAAAAGAUACGUACUUCAACAUUGAACCAUUUUAUCAAGGACACUACACCACAUCAAAUAUUAUUCUGUACUGAUGUGGCAUCGAGAGGGUUAGAUCUUCCCAACAUUGCCAAUGUCAUCGAAUACGAUCCUCCAUUCACCAUCGACGAUCAUUUACAUCGUAUUGGUAGAUCAGCAAGAUUGGGUAACAAAGGUAAUGCCACUUUGUUCUUGAUGCCGGGUAUAGAAGAAGCUUAUGUUGAUGGGAAGUUGCGUGUGGUUCAUCCUAACGAAGGAAGUUUGCGUAUUUUAAACUAUGAACAAAUUCUUGAGGAUGGGUUCGCCGAAGUGCAAGAGGAAGGUACUGCUGCUGCUGCUGCUCCAGCCAAGAAGAAUGACCCAAAGAGAAAAACUGGGAAAUGGGAUAUUCACGCAACAACUUGGCAUUUGGACAUUGAAAGGUGGUUAUUGGAAGAUACUGGUGCUCAUGACAGAGCAGGGCAUGCAUUUACAUCCCACAUUAGAGCCUAUGCUACUCAUUUAAGUUCCGAACGUGAUUAUUUCAAUGUUAAAUUAUUGCAUUUGGGACAUUUGGCCAAGAGUUUUGGUUUAAGAGAAACUCCAAAGAAGUUGGGUAAAUCUAUUAACCACGAGUCUGUAUCUACUGGUACUACUAAACGUAGAAAGAAGGAUGAAGACCCAAGAAAGAAAAUGUUACGUAUGGCAAGAUUGGCCGUUAACUCAGCAAGUAGUGAAUUCAAUUAUUAG